CUGGCCGUACCGGUCACGUGACCAGGUCAUCAGCCAAUCGCCGGUCGGCGCCGACGUCACUCGGGCCGUACUUGAGGGUGACGGCGCCACCGGAGGCCAGCCAGUCUCUCCCGAGAACAGCCAGUGACGCGACAUGAAGGUGUUCAUCCUGCUGUGUGUGGUGGGCGCGGCGGUGGCGCGGCCCGAGCUGCUGGACGGCCUGGAGCACAGCCACGAGGCGCAUCACGAGCACCCGCAGCCUUACGAGGAGCCGGUGGGACCGCCGCAGCCGUACCAGUUCACCUACCAGGCCGGCCGCUACCCCAACCACGUGGACCGCACCCACAGCGAGAGCCGCGGCACGGACGGCGUGGUGGUCGGCACAUACGAGUACCUGGACCCGCUGAAGCGCGUCGUCAAGGUCGACUACACGGCCGACCAGAACGGCUUCCAUCCCAACGUGCAGGGACCGGUGCCGCAGGCGCCCAGGGAGUCGGCUGCGGUGGCGGCCGCGCGUGAGAACUUCUUCACCCGCUCGGCACAGAUCGUGGCCGAGCAGGCGCGCAUCGGCCAGGAGCACGCCCGGCUGCGGGCGAUCGCCGAGGCCGAGCGGGCCCAGCGCGAGGCCGCCGAGCAGCAGCAGUACCAGUGAGGCGGCCGGCGUUCACCCGCAGCGCCGCGACCGACCGGAGCGUAGCUACUGCGCCCGCUAAUACACAUAAUCGUCCUAGUGUUUCCCGUUCACCGCUCCCCCCUCUCCAGUGUGUCAAUCGUAGCAUAUUUAUAUGUACAGUGUCGAUAAAUAUAUGUUCGGUUCCUUUC